AUGAAGUUCAACUCGCUUCUUUGGCUCAGCAAUCUCGCUUUGGUGCAGGCAACCCCUUUCUGGAAGGAUGACUUUUCCCUUCAAGGCUUCGCAAAGGACAAUCCAUUGGGCGAAACCACUGGUGGUAAGAGUGGACGCACGACCACUGUGUCCAGCUUGCCCGCUCUCCGCACCGCCCUUGCUGGCACCAACCCAUUGACCGUGGUGGCCAAGGGCUCUUUCAACUUAACCGGCGAGACACGCCUUCGUAUCGGCAGCAACAAGUCCCUGCUCGGUCACAAGAGCGGUGCAAAGUUCUUCGGUGGUGGUAUGUCUGCUGUCAAUCAAACCAACAUCAUCAUCCGCAACAUUCAAAUCAGCUAUGCUUUCGACAACGAUUGCAUCACACUUCAAAACACCACUCGCGCAUGGAUCGACCACAACGAGUUCUUCUCAGACCUGGAACACGGCCCCGACUUUUACGAUGGCCAGGUCGAUCUCGUCAGAGCCACAGACUGGGUAACCGUAUCCUGGAACUACUUCCACGACCACUGGAAGUCCUCACUCAUCGGCAACAGCGAUGUCCUCCGCGAAGUAGACGAAGGCCACCUCCACAUAACCUACCACCACAACUACUGGCGCAACAUCGGCACCCGCGGCCCAGCCGGCCGCUUCGGCCACCAACACAUCUACAACAACCUCUACCGCGACCACCUAUACCAAGCCAUCCACUCACGCAGCGACAACCAAAUGCUCGUCGAAGCAAAUGUCUUCCGCGGAAACACGCGUGAAGCGGUUUCAACCUAUGGUCUUGUCAUCCCAGAAGAUUCACCGAAUACCUGCGUCUGUGGUGAUUUUGAAAUCGAUGGAUACGUGAAUUUUGGAGCGAAGAAUGAUUUUGGGAGGGCGGGGGUUAAUGUUACGCAGUGGGGGGAUUUCAAGAGGGCGCCUUAUAGGUAUGAUUUGACUAGAUUGUCGGAUGUGGAGAAAGUUGUUACCAGGGGUGUUGGUAUUGGUAAGAUUUGA